UUUUCACAAGGCACCAGGCAGUAUCUGUCAAAUCUAAGUUAUAUAUAUCACGUCUCAUUUAUCCUUUAAUCACACAGAUCUGGAGGUACGUUAAUAAGACCCACUCGGUAGAACUGGCGAAUGGAAAGAUCGCUUGAUUACCCCUCAUUGAUUUGCGCCACAGCUGAGGCCAGACACCAUGUGGAUGAAUUAUCCUAUUUCUUUUCUUUAAUGAAAUCAGAAUGGAGAAUAAAAAUCCGUACACGGUUGGCAAUACAAUAACUUUGCAGUUAGACGCACCACACAACCAAGCAAUAGAAGCCACGAUAACCAAGGCGUUCGAGCCAUUUACACUUUCAGCCGCUGUGGUUGUCUAUCUAGACUCCCCAUGUCUAGGUUUAAAGGGGCACAUGGUAUUAAAGCUAUUCGAUCGACGCUUUGCAACACAAUUGCGACUAGAUGAGAAGGCCGCUCCGUGGUGUGGUGAUAUUGAGCGACAAUACCAACAGUUUGUCAUGGAUGGGGGUGCGUGUAAGUUUAUCAGCAGACUCAACUCUGAUGAGGAGAUAGCCGAUGAAGAAAUGGAUGCAUGGGAUGCUGCUCACAUCGAGACAUCUCUUCAUGAUCAGAUGCGGGAUUUCUAUGAUUGUGAAGUUGGGGUAUAUAAUGCCUUGAAGGAUCUCCAAGGGAAACACAUUCCUCAAGUAUUUGCAAGCGUCACAGUUCCUGUCUCUUCACAGGAUGCGUCAAUCAGCAAAUAUAUCGACGUCCCUGGUAUUCUUAUGGAUUAUAUUGAUGGAUUCCCAUUAUCUGAUAUCGCGGACAAUGCUCCGAGAGGAAAGUGGCAGGUCCUCUGUGAUGAAGCUAUUCGCAUCAUCCACGCCAUCAGCGAACGAGGAAUCCUGAAUGAGGACGUCAAAACAAGGAGUUUCAUCGUACAAGAUGUGGAAGGGAAGGACAGAGUUAUGAUGAUUGAUUUUGCAUUAUGCAAGUUCCGCAGGGAGUACAAAGAUGAGGAGGAGUGGAGGAAAUGGAAGGCAAAACAAGAUGAAGAAGGGGCAGUGGGAUACGUGAUGCAGAAUCGCUUAAAGGGGGGCUUUGUUUAUACUCGAUCGGCCAUGGCGACACAGCUGGAUGAUGAUUUCAUGACGGAGGAUUACGUGUAUUCAUGUCGAUGAACAUUUACAGUGGUCGGCGGUGGAGCUGACUAGUCUCAAAUUCUCCACAAAUAAGCGGGAUGGAAAUACACUGAGAUUGUGCCAGCAGAAAUCAUAUCCAUUGAUUUGGAAAGGGGGAACUGGCGAUUGCUGUGAGUGUUAUAAGUGUGAUAAAGACAGUGAUUGCCUUUUAUUCUCUUCUCAUUCUAUCGUCCACGGCUGCAAAGGCAGAAUAACGGAACUGGCCUCCAUUCAUCUCAAUCUCAGCUGAACUCAUAACCCCGCUUGAUCGACGAAUUGAGACUGAGCUGAGAGAUAUCCCCACCAUCAGCCGCAAUACAAGUCCAUUCAGCUGAAAUAGGACCCGUCAACUUUUCUAAUGAAAGACACAUAAAUACCCACUUCCCCCCCCCCCUCCCC